UCCUGUUUCUCUCUCUCCCUCUCCCCCUCUCGCACGCGCUUCCUCCUGCUCCAGCCAUGAAGAUCCGUAUGCUUUCGCGCGAUGCGGCGCAGACCACCCGCCCUCGGUCGAAUGACCUUCCCCGGCUUCCCCGCAACCUGGACCCCGAGCUGCAUCCCUUCUCUCAGGCUCGGGAGUACACGCGUGCCCUGAACGCCACGAAGCUGGAGCGUGUGUUCGCCAAGCCCUUCGUGGCCGCCCUGGACGGCCACCGCGAUGGUGUCUACUGCAUGGCCCGGCAUCCGAACCACCUGAGCGCCAUGAUCAGUGGCUCUGGCGAUGGUGAGCUUCGCGUCUGGAACCUCAUCAACCAAAAGACCGUCUGGUCUCAUACCGCGCACAAGGGCUUCGUGCGCGGGGUGUGCGUGGCCAAUGAUGGCCGGUCGAUCCUCUCCUGCGGUGAUGACAAGGCCAUCCGCAUGUGGAACUUUGACUAUGACAACAAGAACUGGGCCACCGCCGUCACCGAGGAGGCCGAGUCCGUUUGGCUCGAUGACGAGGGCUUUACCUCGAUCGAUUACCACCGCAGUGACCAGCUCUUCGCCACUUGCAACAGCUCCGUUCAAAUCUGGAACUACGAGCGCUCCAACCCCCUGUUCAACCUCUCCUGGGGCGCGGACUCCCUGCACUGUGUCCGGUUCAACCCGACCGAGACCCAUGUCCUGGCCUCCGCCGGCUCCGACCGCAUGAUCAUGCUCUACGACAUCCGGACCAAGUCCCCCCUCACCAAGCUCACCCUGGCCAUGAAGACCAAUGCCAUCGCCUGGAACCCCAUGCAGGCAUUCAACUUCACUGCCGCCAAUGAGGAUCACAAUUGCUACACUUUCGACAUGCGCAACAUGUCCUCGGCACUCAACAUCCUGAAGGACCAUGUGUCGGCCGUGAUGGACAUCGACUACUCGCCCACCGGCAAGGAGAUUGUCACCGGGUCGUACGAUUGCUCGAUCCGGCUGUUCCGCGCCAAUGAGGGCCAUUCGCGCGACAUCUACCACACCCGCCGGAUGCAGAGGAUCUUCUGCGUGCGCUUCUCGCAGGACAACAAGUAUGUUGUCACCGGUUCCGACGACACCAACCUGCGCCUGUGGAAGGCCCGUGCGGCCGAGAAGCUCGGCCCCGUGUCCUCGCGCGAGCGUGCCGCCCUCAACUACGCCGACACCCUGCGCGGUCGUUUCAAGCACAUGCCGGAGGUCCGCCGGAUUGCUCGUCACCGUCACAUCCCGAAGGCCAUCCACACGGCUGCGCGUACGAAGCGCGAAAUGAAGGAGGCCAUCCAGCGCAAGGAGGACAACAUGCGCGAGAACUCCCGCUCCGGCUCCAUCCCGCGUGAGGCCGAGCGCAAGAAGAACAUCGUGUCCCAGAGCCGCUAAGUAUCCAAACGAUGCCGCAUUGUUUGGUGCUUGGAUUUUCCUUAGACGCUGCUCCGUGUGCCUUUUUCCCUCUCUCCCUCUCUCUCCCUUCCCCCUCCCCGCAUCUCUGCCUCUUUACUCUCCUUCCUUCUUGUACUCUAGUGUCUGGGUGUUUGUCCGUGCCUGUGUACAUACGCACAUGCACAUGCACGUACUUACGCUUGCCCGAAGCGAUGUGCCCCUGCUUCAUGACGCAGAUGGUGCCGCGCCCGUCCUUCUUCCCCUCCCUCUUCAUAAAUAUAUUUACAUUCAAAUCCCC